AUGCUGUCAACCUUGAUGAUGUGGAUAACAGUAGAUUUCCUGUUCCUUGUGGCGUUGGCAACCUCCACUCCCGAUGCCGCCGGUACUUCCGGAAGUACACGUAGUGGCACAAGAACGUUUCAAACUCAGUUGAUAUUCACACACCGAAUGGACCUUGCCGUGGAAGAAUACAAGCAAGGGAUUCCAUUCAAUGCGAAAACGAUAGAGAAGUGGAUUCCAGCACAAGAUAUUGCCCAAAUGGAAUCCCUCCUAUUGGACACUUUUAACCGACCACCACCACAACAAGAGGUAGAGACAACAGCCGAGUCAGUGCUGGUACAAAUAACUUCCGUCCAUGCGGAAUCCCAGGGCUUCCUCCUCCUUAACGAACUUCCCCGAAACAACAAUAACCCUGAGGUCAUACAGAUCGAGGUGGAAAUUACUUACACCAUUCGUGGUCUCUGCCAAGGUCCCGGCUGUACCAGUACCGGCAUGGAGGGAAAGCACGACAAUCAAGACAUUAUUUCAUCGGGAAUAAGGCGACUACGAGGUCCGGGACAACCACAACCACAACAUCAACUAGACGAACAAAUAGAAGAAGAACAAGAAUCGGAUCCAAUGACCAGAGAAUAUCAUCAGAAGCUACAAAAGGCGCUGCUACAGCUGGCACAGUCACGAAUACUCGUGAAACAACCGCACAGCCAUCACGAUACCAAUAAUUAUGUCUCCAACCAAACAAAGAGUUUCAUGUGGGAGGAUCUCCUACAAGGCAUUCAAUCCGUCCGGUCACCACCACCCAAGGGCAGACACCGAGAUCUGCAGAAUACUGAGGCUUUGAUUGACGUUGUCGAAGUGUUUUGUGAUCCACUGGUGCAGUCACUGGAAAUUUCCAUUAGCAUUGAUCUCCCAGGAGAUUGGAGACAUUUGAUCAAUCAUCAUGACAGCCACAACAACAGGACCAUUACCAUUGCCAAUGAGACCAUGACGGUGGUGGAUGCCCUCAAUGUGUCGUUUGUGGAAACCUACAAUGCUCUCGUAUUUCCCCUUUGUGACUGGCCUCAUUUUAGAAAAGUCUCUGGAGCACAAGCCCAAACAGCCACCGUUUUUGAUCCCUUUGGAAAUACCACCACAGUGGCCUUUGACGUGCUGGCCGAGUGCCGGAAUUGUGGCCCGGACACGCCACUUUUUCAAGUGAUUCAUGAUGCCACAAAUGGUUCUCCUGCGCCCAUGCCGACAUCAAGCACCUCAUCAGUUCGAUCAGAAGCAUCCAGUUUCAUCCUCCGACAAGGGUUGGGAUUGACAGACGAUAGCUGUCUCUGUCCCAGACCCGAUGAUACUACACUGUUCCGUGCUCCCACACUGGACGAAUUCAUAGCCUCAUUUCUAUCAGAACUGGCUAAGAUCGAUCUUCCGGCACAAGAGGAGGAUUACAAGGAACUAAAAGAAGUGCCAUGUGCCUCGGAUGUGAGGGAGUUUACUUCUUAUGUCUUUUUGGACUUUAGGAUGAACCGCAGCAGUAAUUUCCAAACUAUUCCCGAGCAGGAUCGAAAUGUUUUGGAGCAGAGUUUCACAAGUCUGUACAACCAGCUCUCCUUCCAGUCCUGUGAUCCAUUUUUUCGCAAUGUGUUGGCAGCAAAACUGGAACUCAAUACAGAUGCUGUCCUUGUUCGACGGCAGCUCCAAGAACAGAUAAAUCUCAAUGCUUCCUCUGUCAACACUACCUUUAUGAAUGGAACAAACUCUACCCAGACCCACACAGAGACUCCAAUAACCCACAAUCUCAACGAUACAAUGCCAGAAGGAGUGGCUAGAGCCACAACUGGAGCUGUCUUUGAAGUCACCGGUCGCUGUCGCGGUUGUCCUGUCAGUGAUGUUGGAAGUUUUGAGCUGUUUGAUGACACCUUUCGUCGCCAAAGAUCCCUCAGGUUUGAUAGACAGCACGGAGCUCCCGCCUUAGCAGCACUGCAUCGAAAUUUGCAGGGCAACACUUUGUCAUGUGUAUGCCCUACUGAUGUUAACCAAAUUGAUGAUUUCUCAAAGCAAGAUUUCUUGGACUAUUUCAACACUGAUGUUGUCCAAUUGCAGGAGGAUGGAGUGCUGCAGGCAGUCACUGGUGUUGAGAAGCUCCAAGAGGGACAAGAUGUGGAUUGUGAGGGAGAGAAAAGGACCUUUACCACCACUGUCUUUGUUGAUAUCAGUGUCAAUCUGGAAGAGAUCGGGGCACAAGAGAAACUUCUGUUGGAGGACACCUUCCGGACUAGCUACAAUGGGCUCGCCUUCUCUGUUUGUGAUUCUUACUUCCGUACUGUUGUCGGUGCAAGCCUGGAGGAACAAGAUGUCGCAUCCUGCAAUUUGUCGCUGGAGUCAGGUCGUUUCCUUCAAGAUGGUGGUGAUGGCACGUGCGUUUGCCCAGCAGGUGUCUUGCCUGGGGAAGGCGGACCUGUGACUGCGGCAGAAUUCCAGGUUGUGUUCAACGAUCAAGUGAAGAAGGAGAAACUGGAUGUUUUUCUGGAAGCUGUCAAUGUCACAGUGGACAAAGUGAUGGAAGGGCAGCAGGUGGAAUGCAGUGCUGAUGACUCAGAGUUCACUUCCUAUGUUUAUGUUGACUUCGAGGUGAACCGCAGUGGUGACUUCCGGUCAUUUUCUGAGCAAGAUCACAUCAUGUUGGAACAGAGUUUCAUGGAUCUCUAUAACCAACUCUCCUUUUGGUCCUGUGACCCAUACUUCAGAAAUGUGCAGGAGGCAAGGCUAGAAGUGAACAUUGACACAGCCCUUGUUCGGCGGCAGCUUCAACAACAGUGGGUUCCCGAUGACAAAUCUAUUAAUGCCACCAACAAUACACAGUAUCAGGCUGUCAACAAUGAUCACAAUGAGACUGCAACGGAGAUUCCUCAUGCAUGA